UACGUUUUUUAAAAUAUUUUUUUUUUCCGCGAAGACAUUAGCUUCAUCUCGAAGACUGACUUGUAUCCAGGUUCCGGCAACUGAAUGGAGUUUGUGUGAAGCGAAUUGAAGCCCACUAGGCAGCAUAAUGGCAACACUCUCACAGACAAAGGAGCUCUUCCGGAGAGCAGAAGCUGUCUGUUUCGAUGUGGACAGCACGGUCAUCAAAGAGGAGGGCAUAGAUGAGCUUGCCAAGUUUUGCGGUGUGGGGGAUGCAGUCACUGAAAUGACUCGCAAAGCUAUGGGUGGCUCCAUGACUUUUAAAACAGCCCUAACUGAGCGUCUUUCCAUCAUCCGAUGUUCCAGAGAACAAGUGAACAAACUGAUAACAGACCACCCACCUCAGCUGACGCCAGGUAUCAGGGAGCUCGUGGACCGUCUGCACCAGCGCAACAUAAAGGUGUUUCUCAUCUCAGGUGGCUUCCGCUGCAUUGUUGAACAUGUGGCCACUCAGCUAAACAUUCCUCUGCAUCACGUCUACGCCAACCGACUCAAGUUCUACUUCAAUGGAGAAUAUGCUGGUUUUGACGAGAGUCAGCCCACAGCUGAGAGUGGUGGAAAAGGAAAGGUCAUCAGCAUGCUGAAGGAGAAGUACGGCUUCAAGACUGUGGUGAUGAUUGGCGAUGGAGCCACUGAUCUUGAGGCAUGCCCUCCUGCUAGUGCUUUCAUUGGAUUUGGAGGUAAUGUCGUCAGGCCGCAGGUUAAGGAGCGGUCUUUGUGGUACGUGACAAGUUUUGGGGAGCUGCUAAAGGAACUGGAAAAGAUUUAAAGAUGCUGAAAGAGAACUGUUACUAAUUUUAACAUUUUAUAUUUGCACCCAUGUGUGCCUCUUCAUGGUUUUAUCCAGUGCACAGGUUUCCUUCAACUCUUAAUAGAUUUUUAUAAUGAAUGAAUAUGUUUACUAGUUUUUAUUACUCGUGAGACCAAUCUUACCUUCACGGGGAUGUUGCCCUAUUGAUUUUUAUACUAGAAGAUACUAAACAAAUAACCAAACACUGUCUAUGUGGAGGGAAAGAAAAUUAUUUUAGAUGUUUUUGCACUUUUGCAUCAGAACCUUUUAGUUAAGCUAGUACAACAACUUAUGGCAUGUGCAAUGAGCAAAAGAAAUGUUUUAGUUCUGUAUGGAUACCAAGAGCUGUAACCAGACAUGUCAGUGAGUGUGGUAACCUCAGUCCUGUAGAAAACAUCAGCAUUAAAU